AUGCAAGCACACUCUACCGCAGUCAACUCGUACGACACAAAUCAUUCAAGCUACGAUCAAUUUAGACCUUCGUUUAACGAACCACUUGUUGACGCAUUCUUAGCAGAUUUAAAUUUAGUUGACACCAAGACUGGAAAGUACGAUACGACCAAGAAAAUUUUGGAACUUGCUUCAGGUACUGGUAAAUUUACUAGAAGCUUGGUUGAAAGAGGAUGGGACGGUAAAGGUGAUAACUUGGUGGUAGUUGAGCCUUCCACGGGAAUGCUUGAUACUUUCCGAAAGAAUUUUCCAAACAUCACAGCUAAGCAGGGUUCCUCUUAUACUCUCCCGAUUGAAGAUGCUUCGGUUGAUGCUGUUGUGAUUGCGCAGGGAUUUCAUUGGUUCUCUGAUUUGGAAUCCUUGAAGGAAUUGAAUAGAGUGUUAAAAAAGCCAAGCGGAGUCUUUGGUUGUAUUUGGAAUUUUGAUUGUCCAUCUCCACAGGCCCAGCAAUUACUUUCCCUUGAUAAUGAUAAGAUCAAUUACAUAUUUGAAGAGAAUAGCUCGUCUAAGGAACAUUUUGAAUCAUUGGUAAAAGUUUUACCGAACACACUCUCAAAGCCAUACGACAUUGCUCAUGAGUUUUUCAAAAUUUCACCAUGGACAUUGGAAGUCGGUAAUUAUGUGUACUCAUAUGAUUUAGAAGUUCCACAGUACCGUCGUGGAGCAUGGCGUAAAUUACUUCAAGAAGAGGAAGCUAGAAAGUAUUUCACACCCAUUUUAAAGGAGAACUUCUCGUUUAUCGAACAAAGUAUUGAAUGGGACUCAGUUUACAAACUAUGGGAAACUAGAUCUUACAUUACCAAGUUGCCAGAUGCUGAAAAAUUGAAGUUAAAGGAGCAUCUCGAAGGGCUUUUGACGAAAUUUGUAACCGAGAAGGAUAAAUCAGUUAAAGAUGGCAAAACAUUCCUUAACAAAGCUCUAGGAUCCCAUACAAUUGUUUUAAAAGCUAAAUAA